AUGUCAAUAGGCAACCUCCACACCACGGGGUCCCCAGAUAUGUCCCCUGGCGGCACUGGAGACCGCUUUGCGCAUGCCGUUAUUAUCGUCGCCGGCGUAGCAGCUUUGGUUGCAAGUUUAAUCACAGUCCUCAAAAACUAUAGAAAGCCCUUACUACAGAGAUAUGUGGUGCGGAUACUGGUCAUGGUCCCCAUCUUCUCAGCCUCCUCGUGGGCAAGCCUGGUCUCUUUGAGAGCAGCAUUUUGGAUUGGACCAAUUAGGGAUGUAUACGAGGCAUUUACAAUUUACACCUUCUUUCAGCUGUUGAUAAACUUUAUCGGCGGCGAGCGUGCCCUCAUCAUUUUGAUGACUGGUCGUCCACCUGUGUCGCACCUAUGGCCGAUGAACUAUUUUCUCCCCAAAGUUGACAUUUCCGACCCUCACACUUUUCUUGCAAUCAAACGCGGCAUCUUGCAGUACACCUGGCUGAAGCCCAUUCUCUCGAUUGCUGCAAUAAUAAUGAAGGCAACUGGAACAUAUCAAGAAGGAUACAUUGGCCUCGCGUCUGGCUACUUCUGGAGUGGCCUCAUCUACAACGUCAGCAUUAGCAUCAGUUUGUACGCCCUUGCCAUGUUCUGGGUCUGCAUGUUGCACGACCUGAAACCGUUCCGACCAAUGCCCAAGUUCCUCUGCAUCAAAGGGAUCAUUUUUGCCUCUUACUGGCAAGGCUUCUUCCUAUCUAUACUGGUUUGGCUGCGUGCUAUUCCGGGAGACGUUCCCGGCUACACCCCUGACAAUCUUGCCGCCGCAAUCCAGGACGCACUCAUAUGUUUCGAAAUGCCCUUCUUCGCCGUGUCGCAUUGGUACGCCUUCUCAUGGCAUGACUACGCCGAUGACACGAUUUCGGCCGCACGUAUGCCGGUAAAAUAUGCUCUUCGCGAUGCAUUCGGGCCACGUGAUCUCAUUGAAGAUACGAAGGAAACCUUCGGAGGAGGCAACUAUGAGUAUCGGGACUUCGAUGCACGCGACAACGUCUUAGCACAUGAGGAGUCGUCAUCCCGAGAGGCAAGAAUGAGGGAAGGCAUGCGGUAUGAACGAGGUGGCAAGGGAAAGUAUUGGAUACCGAAGCCCGGCCAACAACGUGAGCACGAGCCGCUUUUGUCGAAAGUUACCUCUAGUCGGGCUAGGACGAUGAGCCCUGGAGCCCACCGCGCCCUUGACACAGCUAAAUAUGGAUCUACUGAAAACGACGAGGAUCCAAUGCUGAAUCCUGAAGACGAAAGGCUGUUUGACAAUGCUAGGGCGCUGGAGUUUGGAGACUGGAAUUAUCCAGUCAUUGAGGCUCAUCGAGCCACUCGUGAGAAUCGUUUGUACUCAAGCCCAAACAUUGUAACCGCAUCCACGAAUCGGAACUUGUUACAACCCACUAGAGAGAACAAGCGACGACGAAAGAACAAGAUAAAGGAAAUCCAACAGUCAGCUGACAAGGGAAAGCGUCGCAGCAAUUCAAGUGGUGAACCAUCCAGCUCAAAGUCAAGAGCUCUUCCGUUAGGCAAUCCCCUACGCCAGAAGUCAUCAUCAUCCUCUAGCUCUGCCAAGUCAGAAAGAAGCCAGCUAGUCGAUUUGGUCGUGGAAGAUCAUGAGGCGGAGGAAGUUGAACGGGUCCGAGCACGGAAGGAAGGCGGUCCUGGCUGGAAUGAGGUUGCCCCAAAACACUUCGUCCACACGUAUCCCCAACAGGGACAUCAGGAAGAGGUGCGCGAGGGUUUCGACCCCGACCAUCCCCAGCCGCACAAUCCUGAGCGGGCCCACAACUUAGACUCGCCAUUCGCAGUCGGCGAUGAAGUGGACGAGGAGGACAAACUAGAUCGAAAACUGAUUAUCUCAGAAGAGGCAGAGCAAUGGGAGCACCGAGACAAUCAUGACGAACCCGAUCAGCGCCCAAGCCCACAGUAUGGAAGUUUCCGGGAAGAACGCAAUGUCUGGGGCGAAGGGUAA